GCAUCACACCUUCCUCCGCCCGGCAUUUUGUGAUCCGUCCACGGCAGAAGGCACGCGCCACAAGCCGGUCACAUGACUCGAAUAACCCGGAAGUAAAACCCCCGCUUUCUUACAGCCACCUGCCGUACGUCUGUCUGAUCCGGGCCUAUCCUAUCCCCUCCCGGGAUGUAAGAGUAGCGACCACCCCGGCCGGGGUAAAGACUGAACCAUGAUCUCCCAGCUUUUCAUUCUUUCCUCCAAGGGGGACCUCCUGAUACACAAGGAUUACCGCGGUUCAUCCGCACACUCCAGCCUAGCUGAUGGCCUUUAUCUCAAGCUUUCCUCUCUUCCUUCCGACCAAGCUCCUGUGGUCAUGGAACAUGAGGGAUGCCACUUUAUUCACACUCGACAUCAAGGUCUAUACUUUGUCAUAAACAUCGGUUCCAGUGACUCUCCCUUUAUGUAUAUUGAUUUCCUGAACCGGCUGGCUUCCCUGAUUCGUGAUUAUUGUGGGGACCUUAGUGAGUCUGUGGUCCGGCUCAACUUCGCUCUCAUCUAUGAGCUGCUGGAUGAGGUUCUGGAUUAUGGGUACAUCCAGACGACAUCAACAGACAUGCUGAAGAAUUUCAUCCAGAGUGAUCCUGUUGUCAUUAAACCAUUUAAUCUGCUGGAUCUGAGCAGUGUGGGGCUGUUUGGAGCCGAGACUCAACAAAGCAAGGUGGCUCCAAGUUCAGCUUCCAGUCGGCCUGUCCUCUCCUCACGACAUCAGCUGAGUGAUCAGAACGAGAUCUUCUUGGAUGUCAUAGAGCGCAUGACCGUGGCCAUUGGCACAAAUGGUACUCUGUUGAAAGCCGACCUUCAGGGCGAACUGCGACUGAAAAGUUUCUACCCAAACUGCCCAGAGUUAAGAAUUGGUGUGAGUGAAGAAUUUUGCAUUGGGAGUUCAGAAUUGAGAGGAUACGGGUCGGCAGUGCGGGUGGACAGCUGUCAGUUUCAUGAAUCUGUAAAGCUGGAUGAAUUUGAGGUCAGUCGGAUCCUGAAAGUCCUUCCUCCUCAGGGAGAGCUGACGGUGAUGCAGUAUCAAAUCUCAGACAAUCUCAGCACCUCCCUUCCUUUCCACCUGUUCCCCAGUGUGGAGAGAGACCCCGGGAGCAGUCGGCUGCGAAUCUUUUUGAAGCUGCGGUGUGAUCUGAGUCCCAAGAGCCAGGCAAUCAACGUCCGCGUGCAAGUCCCAGUGCCGAAAGGAGCCAGCAGUGUUUCUCAGGAGCUCAGCAGCCCAGAUCAGAGUGCAGAGUUGUCGCUGAGCACGCAGUCGCUGACAUGGAAUAUUCCAAGAAUCCGAGGAGGGAGCCAGCUUUCCGCUCUCUUCAAGGUGGAUGUGUCUGGAUGCGUCUCCCUGCCCUCGGUUCUGGAUCUGCCUCCCGUGAAUCUCUCCUUUCAGGUACCAUCCCACACCAGUUCUGGCCUUCAGAUCCGUUUCCUCAGGCUCAGAAACGAACGCCCGACCGCCAUCCACACUUGGGUUCGUUACCUGACACAAAGUGACUCGUACAGUGUCCGGCUCGGGUAGACGUCUGCUGCAGGACAUCACAUCGGAGCGUCUCACUCAGUGGCAGGAAUGUGGUCAGUGUUGACGGGCUCCGUGUUUCGUCGGGGGCCAUACAUGGCUUGGAUGAAGCAGUGGGGAGCUUUGUCCUUUUUUUUUUUUUGUGGUCAUCAACAAAGUCACAUCUUCUCACCUGAAUAAGGUGAUGUUUCCCGUAAAGACUUGAAUGGCUUCAUUCAUCAUCUUGGUGUAAAUACAGAGUCUGAUCAGCCUGUGACGGCCCGGAUGCCACUUCUAAGAAAUGAAGAAAAGCAGCUAAACACCCUGCAAUGUGUCAGCAGGGAUGGAGGCCGGGAAGAGAGGUCCCAACAAAGAGUCCAUCCAAGUUAGUCAAGAGGUUUCCUUAUGUUAAAACACUUUGCUGACCCCAAGCAGGGAUCUGGACUCCAUGGUGUGCUUGCAAUGGAAAUGUGUGUCAGAGUUUAUAUUAAAGGGGUAAGAGUGAUGCUGAAACCA